AAUUGGCAGCGGCGCUGCAGCCAUUUCCGGUUUCGGGGAGGUGGGUGCGGUGUGGAGCGGGAGUUGGCGCCGCAGCCGCCUCCAGAGCUUGCCGUGCUACCGGGUGCUGCCGGGACGAUGCGGCCGGAGCCUGGCGGCUGCUGCUGCCGCCGUCCACUGCGGGCGAACGGCUGCGUGAAGAACGGGGAGGUGAGGAACGGGUACGUGAAGAGCAGCACCGCCACUGUCGCGGCUGCCGGCCAGAUUCAUCAUGUUACAGAAAAUGGAGGACUUUAUAAAAGACCGUUUAAUGAAGUUUUUGAAGAAACACCCAUGCUGGUUGCCGUGCUCACAUAUGUGGGGUAUGGCGUGCUCACGCUCUUUGGAUAUCUUCGAGAUUUCUUGAGGCAUUGGAGAAUUGAAAAAUGCCACCAUGCCACAGAAAGAGAAGAACAAAAGGACUUUGUGUCAUUGUAUCAGGAUUUUGAAAACUUCUAUACAAGAAACCUCUACAUGAGGAUAAGAGACAACUGGAACCGACCUAUUUGUAGUGUGCCUGGAGCCAGGGUGGAUAUUAUGGAGAGACAGUCCCAUGACUACAACUGGUCGUUCAAGUACACAGGGAAUAUAAUUAAAGGUGUUAUAAACAUGGGUUCCUACAACUAUCUUGGAUUUGCGAGGAACACUGGAUCAUGUCAGGAAGCAGCUGCUGAAGUUCUCAAGGAGUAUGGAGCUGGAGUGUGCAGCACUCGCCAAGAGAUUGGAAACCUGGACAAGCAUGAAGAACUAGAGAAACUGGUAGCAAGGUUCUUGGGCGUGGAAGCUGCUAUGACCUAUGGCAUGGGAUUUGCCACAAAUUCAAUGAACAUUCCUGCUCUUGUUGGCAAAGGUUGUCUGAUUCUGAGUGAUGAACUGAACCAUGCAUCACUGGUUCUAGGAGCCAGGCUGUCAGGAGCAACCAUUCGAAUCUUCAAACACAACAAUAUGCAAAGCUUGGAGAAGCUUUUGAAAGAUGCCAUUGUUUAUGGUCAGCCUCGGACAAGAAGGCCCUGGAAGAAAAUCCUAAUCCUUGUGGAAGGCAUAUAUAGCAUGGAAGGGUCUAUUGUUCGCCUUCCUGAAGUGAUUGCUCUCAAGAAGAAGUACAAGGCGUACUUGUAUCUGGAUGAGGCACACAGCAUUGGGGCCCUUGGCCCUUCGGGGCGAGGUGUGGUAGACUACUUUGGCCUGGAUCCCGAGGAUGUAGAUGUUAUGAUGGGAACAUUCACAAAGAGCUUCGGUGCUUCAGGAGGAUACAUUGGAGGCAAGAAGGCACUGAUAGACUACCUGCGCACACAUUCUCACAGUGCUGUGUACGCCACGUCGAUGUCACCACCUGUGAUGGAGCAGAUCAUCACCUCCAUGAAGUGUAUUAUGGGGCAGGAUGGCACCAGCCUUGGCAAAGAAUGUGUACAACAGUUGGCUGAGAACACCAGGUAUUUCAGGAGACGCCUGAAAGAAAUGGGAUUCAUCAUCUAUGGCAAUGAAGACUCCCCGGUGGUGCCUUUGAUGCUCUACAUGCCGGCUAAAAUUGGUGCCUUUGGGCGGGAGAUGCUGAAGCGGAACAUUGGUGUAGUUGUGGUGGGAUUUCCUGCUACCCCAAUCAUUGAGUCCAGAGCCAGAUUUUGCCUGUCAGCAGCUCAUACCAAAGAAAUACUUGAUACAGCUUUAAAGGAGAUAGAUGAAGUCGGGGACCUGCUGCAGCUGAAGUACUCACGACGCCGGUUGGUGCCUCUGUUGGACAGGCCCUUUGAUGAGACUACCUAUGAGGAGACAGAAGACUGAGCCUUUUUGGUGCUCCCUAGAGGGGGAAUCUCCCUCCCAGGACAGCGUGUGGCCUUUCUGAGCCAGUUCCAGGAACCACACUUCAGUGACCACCUCAUGUGAAAGACAUUUCUGAAACUACUGAAGGUGGCCACCUCCACUCCAGAUGGCAUUUUGUAAAUAGUAAAAAAACAAACUGCUUCACAUUCUUCCUUUGUUUGCUAAGUCUCACCUUUAUAUACACAUAAAUGAUUACUUUGCCCAUUAAAAAAUGUUUUAUUUUA